AUAGCCAAUGAAGAAUUAGCAUUAUCAGCUGACACAGAAAAUAUAAACAAAAGAAAUGCAAAACAACAUAGGUAUGUUGUACCAAUAAAUCUUAUUUAUGUCGUUAUUUUAUGAAUAUAUCCCAUCCCACAAAUAACAGCAGAGACGAAUUUGUUUGUUUGUGGUGGUAAUUCUCUUAAUGUCCUUAUCCAUAGUGAAAACUUUUCAAGCUUGUUCUGAAACUGAGAAAUCAUUAUGUGCACAAUAGCAGGCAAUAAUAUUUUUAACCAAUGGCAUACAGAUGCUAAUAUUAUAUCUGGAUUUUGUGAUGUUCCUCUAUAUACACCAGCAGAAAAUUCAAGCAUCGGGAAAGACUAUACAGAGAUAGAAAUCGUGGCAAUCCUUUGGUCUUAUAAUAUUUACAGAACUAAAGAUUCGUUUUAUAUAUCAGGAAUAUGGGGAGGGAAAAAAGUGGAAUUCAGAAGAAUAAUUUUACCUCCGGAAUGUUCAACACACGAAAAGGUUUUAAUUACAGGGAAUGAUUAUUACCUGUUCUUUGUCCAAAGAAAUAUUGGAAAGUUGUGGAUAAUGGAUGAAAGUGACUGUGUUAAGGAAAUAACUUUUAAUGAGGCACCUGUUGACAACAGUCCAAAAAGGAGGAAAGAAGAUUAUAGCUUUGGAAAAAUAAGGGCUACAAAUGACAGUUUCCUCUGCCACACAGAUGAUGGUAUUGUUUAUGCUGGAUUGCUUCCCAGCUUGGUGAAUACAAAACAUUGCACUGGAUCAGUAUGUGAUAUAUCUUGUGGUUAUGAACACUGUAUGCUCCUGACUGAUGUUGGAAGAGUUUAUACUUGGGGCAACGGGAGGAGACUACAGUUGGGCCAUGGUGAUUUGGAUAAUUUAGAAACCCCUACAGAAGUGGAAGCUUUGGCUGGGAUAAAAAUAGUCAAAAUUUGUGCUGGUGGUUGGCAUUCGGCAGCUUUAAGUGAAUUCGGGGAUUUGUAUGUGUGGGGGUGGAAUGAUAUGGGCCAAUUAGGGACUAGAAGCAAAGAUGAAGAGGAAACAGAUGCCAGUUUACCAAAUAGUUUUGGUUUACCAACAUUAGUAGAUAUUUAUGAUAGUAAUAGAGAAAUAGUUAAUGCAAAUGUAAAGGAUAUAGCUUGUGGAUCCAGACAUACAGCUAUUAUCCUAGAGGACAAUAGUGUAUGGACUUCAGGAUGUAAUAAAUAUGGUCAACUAGGUCUUGACCACAGAUUAUAUCCAAAAGUUAGUUAUUAUAAAAAUACUCUUAAAACUGAAGUUAACUGUAAAUUAAUGUGUGGACCGUGGACCACAGUGCUUCAGAGGUUGUCAUUUUAAAGAGCUGUGGUCCAUAUUUCAGAACACCUUGGACCUGACAAAUAAUAUUUUAAUGAAAUUUUUGUUUGGCAAUGAAUCAUAUACAUAUAAAUACAUUAUUGUAUUAAAAAGUGCCGUGUGGUUCCCGGCACCAAUACAAAAAAGAAUAGGACCACUCCAUCUCUUUCCCAUGGAUGUCGUAAAAGGCGACUAAGGGAUAGGCUUACAAACUUGGGAUUUUUUUAGGUGAUGGGCUAGCAACCUGUCACAAUUUGAAUCUCAAUUCUAUCAUUAAGCCAAAUAGCUGAACGUGGCCAUUCAGUCUUUUCAAGACUGUUGGCUCUGUCUACCCCGCAAGGGAUAUAGACGUGACCAUAUGUGUGUAUGUAUAAAAAACUGUAUAAGUUUACAUAUUAUGAAAGACAAAAUUACAAUUUUAUAAUUCUACUAUAUUUAAAAUAAAGCCAAAUACUUAAAACUACA